AGAAAAAUGUCUGGGAAAAACCAAACCAUGAUCACCGAGUUCAUUCUCAUGGGAUUCACAGAUCAUGCAGAAGUACAACUUGCCCUUUUCCUGGUGUUCCUGAUGGUUUAUUUUAUCACCCUUCUGGGGAAUCUCUGGCUCGUUGUGUUAAUCAAGAUUGAUCCCCAACUCCACACUCCCAUGUACUUUUUCCUCAGUCACUUGGCUUUCAUAGACCUUUGCUAUUCUUCAGUGACCGCUCCCAAGAUGCUGGUGGACUUUUUGAUCAAGAAAAGAGACAUUUCUUAUGGUGCCUGCCUUGCUCAGUAUUUUUUCUUUGCAAUGUUUGGAGCUGGAGAGUGUGGUUUGCUGGCAGUGAUGGCAUGUGACCGUUACAUAGCAAUUAGUAAUCCUUUGCUUUAUACAGUUGUCAUGACCAAGAAGUUGUGUUCUUCAGUGAUGGUUGGGGUAUACAUAUGGGGCAUUGUGAAUUCGGUGAUUCAGACAGGGGGGUUGCUCAGACUGUCUUUUUGCGGGCCUAAUGUCAUCAACCAUUUUUUCUGUGACCUCCCUGCACUCCUUUUGUUGUCCUGCACCAACACAUUCAUCAAUGAACUUGUGCUUUUCAUUGUGGGAAGCCUCCUAGAAACUUUUGUCCUUCUCAUCCUCAUCAUCUCCUAUGUUCUCAUCAUCAGAGCUGUGCUAAGGAUCCCCACCACUGAGGGCAGGCACAAAGCCUUCUCCACCUGCACUUCCCACCUGACAGCCAUUGCUAUAUUCCAUGGGGCAAUUCUCUUCAUGUAUUUUCGACCUAGCUCCAGUUAUUCAUUGGAUACAGAUAAAUUGUCUUCUGUCUUCUAUACAUCCAUCAUCCCCAUGUUGAAUCCUUUGAUCUAUAGCCUGAGGAACCAAGACGUGAAAUGUGCCUUCAGGAAAGUAGUAAAGAAGAGAGCAUUUUUUCACUGA